GUGAUAAAGUGAAAUUAAAAGUCUAUAAAAUAAAUACUGAAUAUAAUGUAUAUAUGUAUACGUUUUUUCGUAACAAAAACAACAACAACAAUGUCAUAAGGAACCAUUUUAUCUCUGAGGGGCUAAUAUUCCUACUAGCAACACUAUUAACAACAACAGGGCUACCAGUAACAGAUCAAGAUGAAGGAACAACAGAGAUAACACCCAAUUUUGAAAACGACAGAGAUAUCAACGUCCUAACAUACACCACUAACUUCAAAAACAUGAUGGCAGAAUAUGUGAAACUACAACACAAUAACCUUACAACAGAGGACAUGGAAACUGUCAAAGCAACUUUAGAAGUGUUCUUGCAAGACUUUGCUAAAGAUCUUCACGAUAUAUUGGUUAAUAAGAAUAUAGAAGAGAAAGAGGUAAUAGAAGAUGGUAUACCUGAUGCUACGUUUGAUGAAAUUAAGCGAGGGAUUAAAACUGAACUGACUGACGCUAGUGACGAAAUAGCAGACCAGAUAGUUUAUAAGUUAAGGAAGAAUUUGUACAGCACACGCAAGAAGCUAGAUAGGAUUAUUUGUAACUGUUAAUACUGCCUGAAGGGGAAAUAUUGUAAGGUCUGUCCCGGCAAACGUUGUUCUGCCUUACUCUUAUUACUUAGGGGUAUGAAAUAUAGGUGCCUGAUUCUCAGACCUUCCCGAUGUACACACACAAACUAGAUGAUUUCGUAGGUAAUUACAAACACCGCGACCGUGAUAAGAGAAUUUUAUAUUUUGGAUAAUAAAUACUGACAAUUCCGACAAAAGAUAA